AUGAUUACAAGUCGAUCAUAAAAAAGACUACUAAACUUUAGUCCACUCCCUAUUGCAAAAUCAGAGACCUUUUUGAAAGAUAUAUCUCGAUUAGAUGAAUAAAUAUCAUUUUUCAAUUCCUACUUAGAAAAAUAGAAAACAUAAAAAAUGAAAAGAAAAGGCCCUUUUCAAUGUUGUACUCCAUUAAGAAUUUAAGCUACAAAAUUGAAUCUCAGUUUUAAUAAAACAACUCCAUAUAAAACAUAACGAAGUAGAAAAAUAAUUGGAAAUGAAAAACAUCACCUAAUUAAUGGAACAAUUUCUAAAUAAAAUGAAGAAAAAUAAAGAAAUACUAAAAAUUCAAUUUCAAGAUGGGAAGAACAUUUAGAUUAAAAUGAAUCCUACUUUUUAUAUCAUUUUUGA